AUGUGCAACGCGCAAGUUGCAGGCUAUCCCACACUGCACGCCGUCACUGCUCAUGCCCUGGAGCUGCACGGUGUGUGUCUUCCACCGCUCAAGAAGCUCAGGGCCUUUCCUGGCAACCUGUGGAUGACGGCGAAUUGGCUUGGCAGCAUCGAGAGCCACCACGACCGCGGCUCGGAAUCGGCACAGUGCCUGAGGCCGGUGGAUUCUUGCCUGCUCUUCAGGCGGGAAGGGCAUCCGAGACGCGUGCCCUGUGGGAAUCCCGGCCAUCCCUUUGACUUCGACCGCGAGCCAGGCAGUGCAAUCCAUGAGUCAGUGGUGCUGCUUUCGGGCCUGGAGGCCUCCAGACUUGUGCCGCUAUUGCGCAAGGGGCUGUGCCCAGCACCACACAAGGCCAGCGAGCAGUCAGUGCAGCUUUGCCACCUUCGGGACCCUGGCAUGGAGAUGGUGGUGUGCCCUUGGGGCCAGCCCAAGCGUGUGAAUUUCCACUUCCGAGCCUUGCUGAAAUUCUUGAACGGGGACAGCCGCUACUGGCCGGAGGAGCAGGCCGAGUUGGCCAAGUUCCUGGGCAUCUUAGAGCCGACCGCCUUGCUGGACUGCGUGGAUGCAUGUGGCUCGCUGUCAGAGUCGAAGGGUGUUUGGGACAUUUUGAGGGACAAGCAGGUACUGGCCUUGAACGGCUUCGUGAAGCGACUCACGCGCCGCGGUGAUGUCGAAGAUGGCGUGCUGCCUCCCUCAUCGGAGUUGCAGUUACACCAUCUUCUGAAAAGGUUCUUUGUACGUUCAGGGGAACUGAACCCGAAAACAGCUGUAGAAGAACUGGUGAAACUCCGAUUGCAGAUGGAUUGCUAUCGUGGCUCGAGCUUGGAGGAUUUAAUCUCAAGCUGA